GGGCUCUGAGGCAGGUGGCAUCACUUACUCCUUGGCAGUGUUUCUGCUUUGGGAGAGAUAGUUGAGGAGAAGAGAUUUUUGUGUGAAGCUUGUGGUGUUGAGAGAUUUUUAAAUAAUGGAAGCUUUCUGGGGUUUAGUUAACAUGUUUCAGAGCACAGCCAUGGGGGAUGCAGCACCAGCAGAGCAGCCUGAGCCCAGGGCUGCUCGCUGCCAGCUCUUUGAUUCCAGCAUGAGGAGCGUGGCGAGGAGGCUCAGGACUUUCCAGCACUGGCCCCGCACUGCCCCUGUGUCUGCCCGGGACCUGGCUGAGGCUGGAUUUUUCUAUGUGGGCCCCAGGGAUGAAGUGCAGUGUUUCUGCUGUGGUGGUGUCCUGAAGGACUGGAGACCUGGUGAUUGCCCCAUGAUAGAGCAUCUGAAUUUCUUCCCUUCCUGUGAAUACCUUUGUGGUGAGGAUGUUGGGAACCAGGAGAGGCUGUCCCUGCAGGAGAUCUUUGACACUGUGGAUGGGCAGUUCCUGAGUGUCUUGCAGGGGAUAGUCAGUGAGCAGACAGCCCUGCCCAACGAGCCAGAGUACCCCGAGAUGGUGACGGAGGAGAUGAGAUUGUCUACAUUUGACAACUGGCCACAAAAUUCCAAUGUGCAUCCAGAGCAACUGGCUAGAGCAGGGUUCUUUUACACAGGACAAGGAGAUGUAGUGAGGUGUUUUUACUGUGAUGGAGGUGUGAGGAGCUGGUCCUUCGGAGAUGAUCCUUGGAGGGAACAUGCCAAAUGGUACCCAGAGUGUGAGUUUUUACUGCACUCCAAGGGGAGAGAAUUUGUUAACAGUGUUCAGGCGACAUUUUCUACCACCCUGCUGGCUCCAAGACAUUCCUGGGAUCAAACUGAGCAAGACUCCUUUCCUUCCCAAGAUCCUCUGAGAGAUUGGAAAUUGCUGGUUCAUCCUUCUGAGGAUCAGAAUCUCAUAGUGCAGAAUGUCCUGCAGAUGGGCUUUGACCCCACCUGGGUGGCAAACCUGGUAGAGAAUAAAUUUGUGCUGACUGGGACUUUCUACCAGUCUGAGUCGGAGCUGAUUUCAGAGCUGCUGCAGUCAGGCUGGGGGGCCAGCAGCAGUGCAGGAGGACACAGAGGUGCUGUUCCAAGGGAGACUGGAACAUCGAGACAAGAAACGCGAUCUGUGCGGCAAAAGGAAUCAGAUGAGUCUCAGCUGAGCACAGAAGAACAGCUCCGCCGCCUGCAAGAAGAGAGGAUGUGCAAAGUGUGCAUGGACAAAGAUGUGUCUGUUGUGUUUGUUCCCUGUGGCCACCUGGUAGCUUGUGGAGAAUGUGCCCUCAAUUUGAGGCUGUGUCCCAUCUGCAGAGCUGUCAUCCAGGGGAGGGUGAGAGCUUUCAUGUCCUGAGCCAUGAUGCACCCAAGGGGAAAGAUAAGUCUGCACAGCUCAUUCGUGACUCAGCAGAAGGAGAAAAUAAGUAAAUAGCUUGCUGGAGCAAUCUUAUUUGCAGGGUAGCUUGGUAUAAAUGUAAAAACUCACUAAAUGUCUCCCAUGCACAGUGUUUCUAGGAAGAAUUUCUGGUUUGACCUACUCUUGCUUUAAGACUGCUCCAGGAAAACUCUGCUGAGUUCUUUUGUCCUCCAAAAUGAGGCUUUUAUUGACAGAGAUUCUCCUUCUUAACAUUUUUUUGUUUUCAAGUAAAUCUUUGCUUUUUGUGUUGAAAUCAAAGACUGUUUACAGCAGACUCUGGUUCUUUCUCACUCAGCAGUUGUCUAGAGAUUAUUCUGCUAGGGAUUCCUUCAGGAAGUUUGAUUGAGAAUGGGAGUAUUUUUUGUACAAAAUGCAUUCCAUUGAGACUAGAAUACUCAGCAGCAGUGUGUUGUGGGGGAGGGAGAAUCUACCCUUUUCUCCCCUUUUUGCUGAGUUUUCAACAACUGAUGAAAUGUUUCAGUAAUGCUAAAAUUUGCAUAACUAAGUGGAAAAGCCUGGCCUGACUCUCCAACCUCCUUGCUUUCAGCUGACCUCCCCAGGUGGAAGGCUUUUUGCUCAGGGUCACUGGAUGCUCUCCUGGAAGCUUCUUCCCUGGCUGUUGGGUAUUAUCCUACUAGAAAACAGCUCUGGAAACAUAGCUUUUUAGAGCAUCUGUUUGCUGGCUAAACUCGUGAUUAUUAUUUAAAGUGGAAUAUUCCAUCAUGUAGCCA